AUGGCGCACAGCGUCGGAACUGAUGUUGAUGUUUGCUCGCGGGCCACGCGGGCAUCGUAUCGCGCGAGCACCGGCCGUGCUGGACCAGUCGUCCGCGAGAUCCAGAAACGCUCCACAUGUGGCAUCGAAAUCGCUACUGCGUGUGGCUCCUCUGGGCAACCCAGUUCCAUGCGUUCCGAAGACACGGUAAACCCGGUCUUCCUGUUGGUUGCGAGGGUCGUAAGCGACACGAAAUCCUCUCGCCAUCGAGAAUGGGGCGUCAGCACAAUCGACCCAGACAUAUGGCAGGAGCUACAUCCUAAUAAUACGGCGCAGCAGAUCUGGCUUCUGUUUGAAGGAUGGCAUCCCGAUCCCUCAAGUCUUGUUCGUACAAUCCAAUGCCAUAUUGUAUCUACUGUGUCACCAGUGGCCACACCGCUGCGCAGCCGACAGCGGUAUUGA